AUGAACUUCCCACUAGAAGACUACUCCAUCCCAGCCAAGCUCAGCCUGCUCCUGGUCGACUCGAUCGAUUCCCCAGCCAACUUCAUCCUCCUCCAGCUGAUCAGCAACGCACUCAGAAACCACAGAGCAGUCAUCCUACUACUAACAGACCACGACCAGAACUACUGGCUCAGCCUACUCAACAAGAACCGAGUCAACCAGCUACUAUUAACAAUCAUCCAACCCAAACUGGAUGAGGAUAUCAAACUACUACUAACCCAACAACUCACCAAAUCAAAGAACAAAAACCCACUCGUCAUCAUCAACAACCUCAGCUCGAUCAUCUGGAAUAACAACCUACCCACCCAGCAACUCACUCAAUCAUUCAAAGCACUACUACCCUCUCAACUCAACCACGACUUCUCACUCGUCUACCUAUUCCACAACGACUUAAUCAAAAACAACAACAACAGAGACAGAGAGAUCUUCAUCCAGCUCAUCAACUCAUCCGACAUCAUCCUCAGAACCAGAGCACUAGGCGGACAAGCACAAACUCAGGGCGAAUUGAUCAUUCAGAGAGGCCCCCGAUAUCUCGGCGACCUCAAUCUGCCAAUCACUACCUCAUCCGAUAGGACCGUCCAGUUCAAGAUCCAAGAUCACUCCGUCAGCUUCCAUCCAAAGGGGCUCGACAAGGCCUUCAUCUAA